CCAGCUCUCUAUCUCUCUCUCCUUGCUUUAUCCACCCGCCCUGUUUUUUUCAUGGUCAGUCUUGAAAACAGCCCAAGUAGUGGGGAAAAGCAUAAAACGAAGAAAGUGUGCAUAUUUUCUUUUUUGCACAUUUUUGAGAUAUAUUGUCAUCGAAUCUCAGGAAACCUGUGCUGUGGUCCUUCUGAAGGGUUUUGAGAUGCUGCGAUUGACAACGGGACGUGUAGGGGGGCUUUUGUCCAGACGGGGAGUGGCUGCGUUCAGCUCCAGCAGUGUCAAGAUGGCCAGCCAUGGGCAUGGUGAUGUGGCAGAACAGGCGGACAUGUCUGUACCCAUGUACUGUGACCGUCUGGACACUCCUCUUCCAGACAAACCAUACAAAGACGCCCUCAGUGAUGCAGACAAGAGCCUGAAGCAGAAGGAGAAAGGACCCUGGAAUAACCUCUCCAAAGAGGAGAAACUUGCCUUGUACAGGAUGAUGUUUAAAGAGUCAUUCGCUGAGAUGAAGAAACCAACGGGUGAGUGGAAGACUGUGGUGGGUGGCAUCUUUUUCUUCCUUGGUUGCACUGGCCUGGUGGUUCUGUGGCAAAGGUACUAUGUGUAUCCUCCUCACCCUCAUACUCUUGAUGAGGAAUGGCAGGCCAAGCAGGUGAAGAGGAUGCUGGACAUGCGGGUGAAUCCCGUGGAGGGCUUCUCAGCCAAAUGGGACUAUGAGAAGGGCCAGUGGAAGUAAAUGUAGGGAAUGCAGCUGUGAGUGUCACAUUACACCUUGCCAAUAUCUGCUUUUUGUCUCUGGCAGUCUUUAUUCAAACAUAUGAACAUUAUCCAAUGGGCAUUCAGUCCACAACACUGAGUCACAAGUGUUAAUUCUUGACGAACAGAAAUAAAACCUGAAAGAAUAAC